AUGGAUAAAGGAGAGUCAAGAAGAAGAGAGUCAAAAGUAGAACCGCCUACUUGCUACAACUGCAAGGAGGUUGGACAUUAUAAACCAAAGUAUCCACUGCUUAAAAGGGACUCUAAGAAGAAGAAGAAGAAGAAGAAGAAGAAGGCUAUAAAGACCACUACUUGGGAUGAUUCAAGCUCAAGUAGUUCAAAAGGCAAAUCAAGCAACCAAAAGAGACACAAAAGGCUUGAAAACAAAAUGGGUAGUGCUUCCUCAUCUAAAGGGAAAGCACCUAUGGAAUCAAGCUCGAGUGAAGAGUACAAAGAAGAGGACGACAAAGACGAUGAGAAAGAUGAGAGCUCAUUUAGUGGUGAUGCAAUUGAUGAGGAUUAG